AUGGAAGACGACAUUACCAAGUUGCACAAUGCUCUGCCCAAUACCCUUACUCAGUCUGAUGGAUGCUGCAAAGCUGAGAAGGAAUGGCUGGUCGAGAUGGAAUGUCAAAAGAACCAUGGUCUCAUAAAGAUUAUCAAGCACAAUGUCAUUGAUGUUCCGCUCUUCAAUGAAUCUGGAUUCAUGCCUUCUGACACUGGCACACGAUUGCUGACCAUCUCUAUCUCUGCUUCUGAGGAAUACGUGGAUUCCUGGGGUGAUGCAUCUCUUGGUUAUGUGUAUGAUCCCCUCGUCAAAUUAUGCAGGUGUACAUGCACCGUAGAGAAGUGCAAUCUAUUUUACGACAUUACAACGGGUUUGUACGGCUGUCUCUUAAAGCCCAAUGUAUGGCGAGAGCAUGCUGCGAAAGAUGAGCAUAGCAUAACCAGGAGCAUGGUCGAUGCUGCUCUAGCGAAGGUGAAGGAGGAUGAGGAUCAUCUAGAGAGUCUUCUUUCACAAGUCACCCUCAUGCCGCAAUCACCCUCUCCUUCCCGUAAGCCUCCUUCAACUACCAAGGCUAAAAAGUUAGAGGGAGCAGAUGUUUAUGGAUCCAUCCAUGAUCAGAUCGAUGAGAUCAAGGCCAUUCUGGUGGACUUGCCUGAUCCAACAGCGCUACGGGACAUGGAACUGGAGAGCAUCAUAAUGCUUGUUGACAGCUGCAACAACGAAUGUCUUUCACUAAAGCAAAGGGUAGACAUUCUCUGA